AUGGGAACCGUGCUCUCCCUGUCGCCCAGCUACCGGAAGGCGGCGCUGUUCGAGGACGGCCCCGCCACGGUGGGCCACUACACGGCGGUGCAGAACAGCAAGAACGCCAAGGACAAGAACCUGAAGCGCCACUCGCUGAUCAGCGUCCUGCCCUGGAAGCGCAUGGUGGCCGUGUCGGCCAAGAAGAAGAGCUCCAAGAAGGUCCAGCCCAACGUGGCGCGCCUCAACAACGAGAACCUGAAGAAGUCGCAGUCCUGCGCCAACCUCUCCGCCUUCGCCCAGGACCAGGGCACCCCGGCGCCGCCGGUCAAGGGCCCCGGCAACGGCCCCGGCAACAACAACAACUCCUCCUCCUCCGCCGCCGCCGCCUCCUCGGUCAAGAAGGCGGCGCCAACCGUUUCUAACACGGCGCCCGCCGGUACCCCCAAACGCGUGAUCGUGCAGGCCUCCACCAGCGAGCUGCUGCGCUGCCUGGGCGAGUUCCUGUGCCGGCGCUGCUACCGCCUCAAGCAGCUGGCGCCCAGCGACCCGGUCCUGUGGCUGCGCGGCGUGGACCGCUCCCUGCUGCUGCAGGGCUGGCAGGACCAGGGCUUCAUCACGCCCGCCAACGUGGUCUUCGUCUACAUGCUGUGCCGCGACGUGGUGCCCGGCGAGGCGGCCUCCGAGCACGAGCUGCAGGCCGUGCUGCUCACCUGCCUCUACCUGUCCUACUCCUACAUGGGCAACGAGAUCUCCUACCCGCUCAAGCCCUUCCUGGUGGAGAGCUCCAAGGAGGCCUUCUGGGACCGCUGCCUGUCCGUCAUCGAGCGGAUGAGCGCCAAGAUGCUGCAGAUCAACUCCGACCCGCACUACUUCACCCAGGUGUUCGCCGACCUGAAGAACGAGAGCCAGAAGGAGGAGGAGAGGAGCCGCCUGCUCAUCGGCCUGGACCGGUGA